UGCAGGGCGGGAGUAUUGCUCUGCUGUUCCUCCUCUCACUUCCUGAAGUGAACACUGCCCAAAUAUGUGGAGGUACAAACACAGGAUGGCCCGUGAUCUGCUGGACCUUUGACACACACCAGACCAGGAAAUAUCAUCCUACGGCAAAGGUUAUUUGCACAUGCUGGUGUAAAGCAUGUUCCUGUGGCAAUAUCUGACACUGCUCCUGCUGAUAGCUGUUCAAAUAUGCAAAGCUGAGGGAUGUGAAGAAUUUACAGACCUAGAUUUUGGCCACGCAUUCAUUGGAACCAGCCUCAGAAUAAAGUUGUUGCUGUACACCAGGGAAAAUGCCACCUGUGGUAGACUCGUGUCCCACUCCAACUUGUCCGCCCAUCCCCAGCUUAAAUUGUCCAGGCCAACCACCUUCGUCAUUCAUGGGUAUCGGCCCACGGGAUCUCCACCGGUGUGGGUGCACACCAUUACGGAGAUGCUGCUGGAGAGGGAAGACAUGAACGUAAUAGUGGUGGACUGGAACCGCGGAGCUGCUAAUGUGAAUUAUUUCAAAGCAGUGGAAAACACACACAAGGCGGCUGACAACCUCACUGCUUUCAUCAAAAUGAUGCAGGAACAUGGUGCCUCUCUGAGCUCCAUCCACAUGAUCGGAGUCAGUCUUGGGGCUCAUAUAUCAGGCUUUGUGGGUGCUAACCUGGAUGGGUCAAUUGGAUGGAUUACAGCUCUGGAUCCUGCUGGACCUCAGUUCACUGGCACUUCUCCAGAGGACCGACUGGACCCCACGGAUGCUCAGUUUGUGGAUGUGCUGCACACAGACAUAGACGCUCUGGGCUUCAGAGAACCUCUGGGUCACAUUGAUGUCUAUGCUAAUGGUGGAACAGACCAACCCGGCUGCCCAAAGACAAUCUUUUCUGGAGGAGCCUAUUUUAAAUGUGACCACCAGAGAUCAGUGUUGCUCUACCUUGACUCUGUGCAUCGGACGUGUGCCAGCAGGGUCUUCCCCUGUGGCUCCUACAAAGAGUUUCUGAGUGGUAACUGCUUGAGCUGUGACACCUUUGGUGCUGCUGGAUGUCCUGUCUUUGGUUAUGACGUCAGAGAGUGGAAAGAUGUCCUGCUGACGCUGGGCCAAACAAAAACUUACUUCACCACCAAUGCGGUCACUCCAUUCUGCAGGACAGAAUACAGGAUGGAAGUGAUGGUAUGGAAUGAGGAUAUACGAUGGGGAUACAUCACUGUUAAACUUCACGGUGACGGUAAAGAAGCAGUGGCAACCAUUGACCAUAAAGCAUCAAAGUUCAAGAAGUACACAGAGACCAAGUUGUUUGCCCAGUUUGACAAAGACCUUAAAUCAGUGAAAAAGGUGUCUCUAAAAUUCUCCACUGGGAAUGUAUUCAAGCCCAAAUAUAAGCUCCGUGUUCUCCGAAUACGUCUCACACAUCUGGAACGCAAGGAGAGGCCUCUCUGUCGAUAUGACAUCCUUCUGGAAGACAACAAAGAGGUCACCUUCAGGCCAAUUCCCUGUGAAGAAUCCAACUUCUGAGACAAAAUUGGACACCACGUCAGAUAUUUCAAACACUUUUCAGUCCCUCCAAGAUUGUACAGGAAAACAAUAAGGACUAAUCAUUUUUCAUUUGGGAUCAUUUGGGAUCUGAAAAUGAAAUGUAAUAUAUUAUGUAUAUGUAUUUUUAUCAUAAAAUAUAUUUGUCUGUUUGUUUUUUUUCGAUAUUACCCAAAAAGUGAAUGUAUUUACCUUUUAAUUGUCGGGUGAAUUAGACUUUUUGUUCACAAAAAUCAGUUCAUCUGACAAUGGCUUAUGAUGACAAGAUAUCUCAGUUGUGACUGCAACAACAAAAUUGAGGCUUGUUUGGAAAAAAAAGUGGACUUUUUUUCUACUUUUCCUCUCAAUCACUCUAAUUUUUGUC